AUGAGUCUGCCUCCGUCAAUUACCAAAAGACUCAGAGCAUGUCUCGGCUGCUCUCUUAUCAUGGCCCAGAACCAGUUCAAGGACGAGGGAUGCCCCAACUGCUCUGUUCUGAACUUAAAAGACAGUACAGACAAUAUUUUAGACUGCACAACAGACAGAUACUUUGGCGUUAUAGGGAUGUACAACGGAAAAGCCUCCUGGGUUGGCAAAUGGCAGCACAUGGACGGAUAUGUCCCCGGGCUGUAUGCAAUAACAAUGGAAGGCGAGCUGCCAGAAAGUAAGAUUUUGGCCCUAGAAAGAGCAGGCCGUACAUACCACCCCCGCAACAAGUCGUUUACCAUAUAA